AUGAAUUUCACUUCCCCACACUCGCCCAGUUCACCCCUGGAUACAGCUACGAAUCCAAGGAAGCGCCAACGAACAGCUUGCGACAGGUGUAAAUCGAGAAAGCAGCGGUGUGAUGGUGCCUACCCACAGUGUAGCAACUGCGCACGAGCGACAGCAAUGUGUAGGAGGCCACCCGAGUGGGAAGGUCACAAUCAAUCAUACACGCGUGCACUUGAAGACCAGGUCGCCUAUCUGGAAACGCGGCUCUUAGCAGUAGAGCAACAGCAACAGGUUCGACCGCAGUCACGGUCGUGUGAGGAGCAAUUGCCAUCUCCCAGUGACAGGCCAACUACAGCGCACGAUCACGCGUCCGUCGCCAUGGGGAGUUCAUUGAACCCAACAGCUCAAUUUCAACAUAGUGUUGCCGACGUUGUCGGUAUGCUUUCACUGGGCACCGGAAAUGCAGGAGCUCAGUCAUACAUCGGCUCCUCAUCAGGUUAUGCAUUAGCCACCGACCUUGGUCAGAUGGUACAAGCGACUGUCUGGAAUAAGGCCCUGUGGCUUCCAGCAACUCCAACGGGUUGUGGCGAGCAGCCAUCUCCGACCGAGAAUCAGACCAGAAGAAUUACUCUGCAAGAGCUACGGUCAAACCCUGGGGAGCCUCCAGCAGAUGGCUUGGGUGAAAAGUUGAUCAAUACAUACUUGACCCGUAUACACCCGCGCUUCCCAUUUCUUUUACGAGCAGACAUCUGGGAAGCCCACCGUUGUCGUCACAUACUCAGCAAAGAACCUGACAGCCAGCAAAGUCGGCCCGCGCCGCAGUUCACAUCGCCAGCAUAUGACAAUCGUGGCUUCGCUCUUUUCGUCUUGUAUAUGGUUUAUGCGAUUGGCGCUUUGAACCUCCGACUUACAGAGGAUUACAAAGAGACUUCGCCUGAGCAGUUCUACGUCUCUGCUAUGCAGCAUGUUGCAGGCGUGAGAGAAGCAGAUCCAGUGCACAACCUGGAAGCGACAGUUCUCUUAGUGUUGUACCACCUACGCUCGGAAUCGCGGAAUGGUCUUUGGCAUUUAACAGGACUUGCUAUGCGAACAGUCACCGACAUCGGCCUCCAUCGUAAGGCAUCGACUUGCCUUCUUCAUCCUUUCGAGGCGCAGCUUCGACGCCGAUUGUUUUGGUCUGUGUACGCUCUUGAGAGUAUUCUCGCGGGUACCCUAGGAAGACCGGUUAGUCUAUCAGAUUGUGACAUAGAUCAACCAUUACCACUUGCUAUCGAUGAGGACGAAUGCAUGAGCCCAGAUUCUCACGACACUGAGCACGUCUCUCAGGCACACAGAGAAGACCAUCGUUCAACAAACAACCUCAGCCAGUUCGUGCUUCUGUCCCAGUUGCACAUAUUCGAAGCUCGAAUCCAACGUACCGUCUAUCGUGUAGACCGGGCCAUCGAUACCUUACAGCCCAAAAUGCACCGUCUUAUUGCUGAUCUUGAGCUGUGGCAUCACAGUCUACCAGCGUCUUUGAAGAAAAGCGAGCACGACCGAGUCAUGCUGCAUUACUAUCGCAACAUAAGGAUACUGCUACAGCCAUUCCUCUCACUUCUGGACCCCAUGUCAGAUCUCUUUCGCAAAUGUACGCAUGCCGCUGGACAAGUUUGCCAGAUACACAAGCAAAUGCAUAGAACACCUGAAUAUGGACACAGUUUCGUCGCAGUCCAUACAGUGUUCCUGUCUGGUAUCACGUUACUGUAUGCGCUUUGGCGCGGGAAGGAGAAGACAUGGUCGUUCGCUAUCAGCAACGACAUUCGCGCUGCUAGCUGCGUGCUUUCGAUCAUGGGUGAACGUGCCCCUUGGAUCCGGCGAUUCCGAGAUACAUUUGACGUUAUGGUAGAAGCUACUAUGGCUGUGAUGCAGGAACCGAGAGCGCAGGAUCGCAACGGCGAGGAGCUGAACGACGCAGCGACAGCAGCGCAAGAGGCAGAUUUCUCGAUCUUUGAAGACCUGCACGUUGACCACGGUGCACUUGACAUGGCACGAGAACUCGUGGGAUGGAUACAGCGUUGAGCAGCUGGCAUGAGAUGUCCGGUAUGCGACUGAUCUGCCUUGUUGGAAAGAGAUGCAAAUUCGUAAUCAACUUGAGGUACCAAGGCCGUCAGCUGACCUGCUCUGGUCCUGUAAAUCAAUGGAUGAUGGCACAAGACUACAACAAUGCCAGGAAGAUGGCCUGAACUCAAUAUGUAGAUCGUUUGUUUGCACUCUGUAAGAGACAACUUGAGUCGCACGGAGCGAGCGCAUACAUGCAC